AUGACGACGCGCCCAGUGCGCAGGUUUUCGUACGAUACUCUUCCAUCUCAGACGUACUGUAAUCAUGGAGGAAGGCCCACGCGCAAAGGUGUGCUCAAGCUCCAUAACAACGCGCCGUGGUUUUCUCAAGCGAGCAAUAUUGCCAUUUGA